AUGAUGCAUAAUUCACUAAAAGAACUUUACUACAAUAAAAUCUGUCCUGAUUUGAUGAAACAAUUUAAGUACGGCAAUACGCAUGAAAUACCUAAAUUAGUAAAAAUCACUCUUAAUAGAGGGUUAGGAGAAGCUUCACAAAAUGCAAAAGCUCUUGAAAAGAGUAUUGAAGAAUUUACAUUAAUAACUGGACAACAACCUAUUGUUACACGUUCAAAAAAAUCUAUUGCUGGCUUUAAAAUUCGUGAGAAUAUUGUUGUUGGUGUCACAGUAACUUUAAGAAGACAUAAAAUGUAUAAUUUCUUAAAUAAAUUAAUCAAUUUAUCUUUACCAAGAAUAAGAGACUUUCGUGGUAUUAGUACGCAACAUUUUGAUGGACAUGGAAAUUACAAUAUAGGCGUCAAAGAGCAAUUAAUAUUUCCAGAAAUAGAAUAUGAACAUGUAGAUAAGAUUAGAGGAAUGGAUAUAGCAAUAGUAACUACAGCAAAAAAUGAUAAAGAAAGUUUAGCUCUUUUACAAGCUUUUGGUAUGCCUUUUUGCUAA